AUGGAUUUCUGGCCCGAGUUUAUGGCGAGCAGCUGGGGAAGGGAGUUCGUGGCCGGUGGGUUCGGAGGCGUGGCCGGGAUCAUCUCCGGGUAUCCCUUGGACACGCUUAGAAUUCGGCAGCAGCAGAGCUCGAAAUCGGGAUCUGCCUUCACCAUUCUCCGGCGGAUGCUCGCCGUUGAGGGCCCCACGUCGCUCUACAGAGGCAUGGCAGCACCCUUGGCCUCCGUCACAUUUCAGGUGAAUGCUAUGGUGUUCCAGAUAUAUGCGAUACUCUCUCGCUCCUUUGAUUCCUCUCUUUCUCUGGAAGAUCCUCCUUCCUACAGAGGCGUUGCUCUUGGCGGGGUUGGCACCGGCGCUGUGCAGAGCCUCCUGCUUAGCCCCGUGGAGCUCAUCAAGAUCCGUCUCCAGCUGCAGCAGCAGAGCAGCAAGAGUGGUCCCAUCAGCUUGGCUAAGAGCAUCCUCAGGAGAGAAGGCCUUAAGGGGUUAUACAGAGGCCUCACCAUCACAGUGCUCCGAGAUGCUCCCGCUCACGGCCUCUACUUCUGGACCUACGAGUACGUACGAGAAAGGCUCCAUCCCGGCUGCAGAAAGAGCGGCCAUGAAACCCUCAGGACCAUGCUGGUGGCUGGUGGCCUGGCUGGUGUGGCCAGCUGGGUCGCUUGCUAUCCUCUUGAUGUCCUCAAGACCAGGCUGCAGCAAGGCCACGGUGCUUACGAGGGCAUUGCGGAUUGCUUUCACAAGAGCCUCACUCACGAAGGCUAUGGGGUUCUCUGGCGUGGCCUCGGCACUGCAGUUUCCAGGGCCUUUGUCGUCAACGGUGCUAUUUUUGCUGCUUAUGAGCUUGCCUUGAGGUGUUUAUUCACUCAGUUGCCUGCAGAGUGA